UGUCGGUAGAGCCAUCCUGAUAAGGGGUCUAGCACCCCGUCGUCGUUCUUAGACGAAGAACCUCCCAGGAAUUGCCUCUUGAGCCAUGCAGACGUUGCGACCCACCGCGGAGCGACUCGGCUUGGUACCGCAUGUGUGGACCGAUUGCUUCGAGGUCGGCGGCAUCUACGACUCAGGUGGCACCCUGAGCCGCGGCCUGACCCGCUCCGAGAUGCAGGAGCAGCUGCCCGGCUGCGCUUUGCCGAGGGACGUGACCGAAUUGGGCUGGUACCGGCUCGGCGGCCGCGAGUCUGCAGAGCAGGCGGCCGGGCGCGCCGAGUCAUGCGCGGCACGGCUCCGGGCCUUGGCGGCAUCCUGCGCCGAGCGCCCCACAGGCACGGUCGCGCUGCUCUCGCACCACGACUUCCUCAGCCUGCUGCUGCGGGCGCUGCUGCUCACGCGGGGCGGCGGCGGCUUCCCGCACGCGAACACGGGCAUGACGUGCGUGGACGUUGGCCUCGACGGCCGCUGUGCCGUGGUCUUCCAGAACUUUUCGGGCCACCUGCGCGGGGGGCGCGCAGCCGCCGAGGGCGGCGCGCCGCCGGGCCCCGCGCAGACCCCGGGCGCCCCGCGGCUGUGACGGAA